AUGUCGACCGUAGGAUCCCGCGAGGAGAUGCUGGAGGCGCUGCAGAAGGCCAAGCAGGCAAUGGCGCGCCGCGUCCACGCAGCGGCACCGGCAGAGGCCCCGGAGGGCACCGGAGCGCUGCAGGUGCGGCAGGACUCGGCGACGUCGCGCCCGCGCCCGCCUCCUGCCGCGUCUGAGGCGAAGGACAACAGGAGCCACUUCUUUGACACCUGGUGCCGCAAGAUCGAGAUGUUCGUCGCGGACCCCACCAAGACGGUGCUAGAGCUGCCGAAGGAGUUGGCGCCCAACGACCGCCGCGAGCUGCACAGCCUCGCAGAGAAGUACAAUCUCAGUCACCAGUCCCGCGGCACAGGGGCGGUGCGGCAGCUUGUGCUGAAGAAGGACUCGCUGCACUACAGAAUGCCUGACGCCCGCCCAGAGAACAUCGAGGCCCUCAAGCAGAAUGCCGGUGAGAAGCAGUCGAAGUUCCACUUGCGACGUAUGCGGCGCGACCCGGACGCUGCGAUUGGCUCCAUCGGCGCUUUCGGUGACGAGGCGACGGCCAAUAUGGUGCGCCGCCUCGACCGCGCGACGGACGAAUAUCGCAGGGCAGUGGAAGUGGGCUACACGCAUGAGGAGCUUCUCUCCCUGGAGGCAGGUGAAACAGUGGAAGAGAUAUUGCGCCGCACGGACGCCACCGGACCGGCGGGUGUUGCCGAUCAUGAAGCUACCGUCAACAGCAGCAACAAUAAUAACAACUCCAGUGACACACUGCCAGUAUCCAUCAACACUGCUGGUGAGGCGGCUCACCACAUUGGAACCGGCAAGAAGGGGCCUGUCGCAUAUGACGAGGUGUGUCUUCGCUGUGGGUCACGAGCACGCGUGGACUACGAUGUGCAGAAGUGGGAGUGCAAUGGGUACUGCGCUCAGUGCACGAUGCAGACCAUCUGGAAGCUGGUGGAGGUGCAUGACGCUGCAGAGGAACUGGUCAUUCCCACUGCGACUGCCGAUCGCAAGCGCGGUCGUCAGGAGAUGGAGAUGAAUGCCCCUUCGCCUGUGCAGGAGCCGGAGGAGAUUGAUAAGGAUAACGGUGAGGAUGACACAAUCACCGUUGAGGAUGUGGUGGAUAUGGCGAGUAUGAACGAUUUCAGUGCGGCAGAUAUCAACUGGAUUCGUCGUUUUGCGAGGCAUCAUCAGCCACUUGAAAGCAAAAAUAUCCUCAGCGAUCACAUUGUGUUCUGCAUCGAGUUUGAUGAUCUCUUCAGUAUGCGCAUCUUCCGUGCAUUUCUCACGCCAAAAGAGAUCACCCAGGAGGCGGUUGAACAAAAGCGGUCGAAAGAUGAGCCGAAAACCACCACGGAGGAGAGGGAGGAAGACCACACAGCAUGGUUUGUGCUGCUCCGCGAGGUGAAGGCGGCCGGCGUGCCCUUGUCGACACUGCUAGAGGAGCUGGCUGCCUGCGUGCCUGAGGGGUACGACCGUCUUGCCAUCGCGUUCCCGAACAUGUCGGUGUAUGGCACAGAGGCGACGUGCGUGUGCCUCAUCCGCCCCGGCGCAAUGCGGGAGGGUGGCUUGGAGGAAAUGCAGCGCAAGUAUGGGCGGCACAGUGUCCGCUUCGCACACGAACUGGGUGCCCUUCUUCGGAAAGAUGGAGAACCUGCAUAA